AACGGAGCUUUGUACCAUCUGAAUGAACUUCAAAGUGGCUAGAAAGGGCACCCAGGGUUCCUGGCACUUGUCAUUGUCUCCCAGCCUGGCCAACAUUUCCCUUCAGGUCUAAUUACUUCCAAAUGCUCCCAGAUGCUUUGAAGAAACUCAGAGGGAGGGGGAGGCAUGAAAGAAAGGUGGAAGAGGAAGGAGACUCAAAAGUGGAGGGAGCAGAAUGCUUUAGCAAAAAUGUUGAUUGAUUUCUUACAUGACACCCAAACAUAAACAGGGAAUGUGUGCGGCCGCUGGCAGUGGGGAAUGCAAGGGCACUAUGUACAGCUGCUGCUCUAAAUCCUUACUGUGGAAAGUAAGCCCUUCUGGCGCUUGACAGGCUAUAAAAGACAUACUACAGCAAAACAAAAAAUACUAAAAUAAUGUUUAAAGUUUAUUACUUUAGUGGAUUAAGUGUGGACUGAGCCUACACUCCAUAGGACUGUCUGUAUCUUGGUUCAGGUGCUAUGUCAGGCUUAUUCAUUUCACAGAAGUCAGAGGUAGACUGUAGCUAGAGCUGCUUUGCUGAAUUUAUGCAGGAUCUAUUGGGGGCAACUAAUAACCAUAGCUAAUGAUAGGUGAUGAUAUACCUGUGCUGGUGUUUUUGAUUCACAGGGUUAGAAUAAACAGAAGCAGUCUGGUUGAUAGGAAGUUGUAGUGUGCUUUCAGAUGUGCUAGUCGUCUUUUUUGAAGAGCACAGGCAACAUCAAAUGGUACUGAUUUGCUUAGCUAUUUUGAUUCCACCAGUUUUGACAAAGAGCUGGCACCAUAACUAUCACCUGCAAGUACCUGAUGAUAAAGGAAAACAGAAGGAAAAGUUUAGGGACACAAGCUGCAACAUCAUUAUUACUGGGGCAGUUUCUUGGGUUAAGUACAGGGGUGAGGAGUAGGAGACUUCAUAUUGCUAACUAUGUGCAUUACCUCAGUCAGUUCUGCCCAUGCUUGUCCCUUGUGUAACUCAGCUAUGCAUCAAACCCAAUUUAAUCUACUUCUCUUUCAGGAGAAUGAAAAAUCGGUACUUCCAACAGCUAGACCAGAGGUCUUAAUCCCCUUUCCCUAUGCAAAGAAGAGUUAGUUUUAGCAGCUGCUGCUAUUAAAAUACUGCUUUACUACUAACAUUCACAUUGGUGAUCCUCUUCAGUCAAGAAUGCUUGUGUAUGGACCAGGUGUAAAACUUCUGUUGCAUGGUCUUUGCUCCAACACCACAGUCAAGUCUUUGGAUUUGAAGGGAAAUAACCUGCGAACCGUGGGAGCUGAGGCUUUGGGAAAACUUCUUAGGCAGAACAAAUCCAUCAGGAGACUAAUCUUGGAAUGGAACAGCCUUGGUGUGUGGGAGGAGGGCUUCUCCUUUUUUUGCCAAGGACUGGGAGCAAACAACUUUCUCCAGCGGCUAGAUCUGCGCAAUAACCAGAUCAACCAUCAAGGGGCUGGAGAGCUGGCCGUGGCACUGAAACAAAAUGCCAGCCUUCAGGAGCUGGAUUUACGUUGGAAUAAUAUUGGGCUUCUGGGUGGCCGAGCUUUGCUGAACUGCCUGCACAGCAACAAGACCCUGAAGAGGCUGGAGCUGGCUGGGAACAACGUUCCUAGUGACAUCCUGAAAGCUGUGGAACAAGCCAUGGAUCACAACCAAGAUCGUCAGACUAUCCUAAGUGAGACCCAGAACCGAGCGUACAUACUCAGCAAGGAGGUGUCGAGUCUGAAGGAUGAGAAGACCAAGCAGUUCUUGGAUUUGAUGGACACUAUAGACAAGCAGAGAGAAGAAAUAACCAGGAAUGGCAGGAUGUCUGCAGCACGAGUCAGCCAGCUGCAGGAAGCAUUGGAUGAGCAGCACUCUAUUAUGAAUUCACUGAAAGCCAAGCUGCAGAUGACUGAAGCUGCCCUGGCUCUGUCUGAGCAGAAGGUGUGCAAUUUGGGAGAGCUACUGAAUGCCACAAAACAGGAACAAACCAGCAUGGCUGAGUGCCACUUUACGGAGCUCCAGCAGCAAAAGCAGGAGGGUGCUGAUCGGGAAGGGAGGCUUCUGCGUGACUUGUCUGCUGCCAGUGAGAAAAAUCUGCUUCUAAGAAACCAGGUGGAUGAGUUGGAGAAGAAGUGCAAAGUUCAGCAGGAUCAGCUAUUCCAGGUAAAGCAAGACUUGACCAACACAACGGCAGAGCUGAAGCUGCGGGCCGUGCAGGCUGAGGAACGCCUGGAAAUGGAGAAGAGAAGAUUUAAACAAAGUCUUGAGGACAUGGAAUCCCUUCGGGUAAAAGAGGUGGAUCAUAUGACACAGCACAUUGAGGCCAGUGAACGUUCCAUGCAGGACAGGAUCCAGAGGCUGGAGGCCAUCAGGAUAGCUCUGGAGGAGGAGCUGAGCCAAGUCAAAGCAGCUGCACUCACUGAGCGAGGCCAGGCAGAGGAGGAGUUAAUAAGAGUCCGGAAUCAGACACGGUUGGAGGAGCAGCAACGACUAGAACACCUAGAAGAGAAGCUGCGGCUGAUGACCGAGUCUCGGGAUGAAGCUCAGAACUGCUGCCUUAAGCAAAAACAAAUGGUUGCUGAGGCCCAAGCCAAAGCCAAUCAGUUGAGCCUGCAUGCUGAUGGACUCAGAAGGCGGCUAGAGGAACUUCAGCAGGACCUGAACAGUAAGGAAGAGGAGAAAGUGACAGAGGUGAAUAAAGUGAAAGUGGAAUUACAGGAGCAGAUUGGACACCUGCAGGCUGAACGCACAGCGCAGGAUGGGCUGAGAGAGAAGAUUGCAGCCCUGGAGAGACAGCUGAAAGCCCUAUCAAGUAAUCACCGUGAGGCACUGCUGGACAAAGAAGGUGAAAUCUCUAUGCUGCUGGAGAAGCUGAGAAUGAAAGAGGCUGACAUCUCCAGGAUGAGGGAAGAAGAGGCCCAGCGAGCAAGUUUCUUGCAGAAUGCCAUCAUGGCGUAUGUGCAUGGCUCCCCCUUGGGAACCCACAGUUCUAGGAAAUGAGAGCGUGGCUUAAAGAAUCCAGAUACCUGUGGUCAGGAAGAGGGUGAGCAACUCAGGUACAGCCCCUUCUUUCUAAGUGGGACGGUUUUGUCAGAGCGGGGUGACACGAAGGCUGGCGAACACAGAAAAUUGCUCUUGCUCUUCAGAAAUCUUGCUACCAACUGCAUAAAAGAGAGGAGGAGACAACCAUCCAGGGCUGGGAUAGAGGCUCGUGGGUCUGCGUUCAUGACGUGGAGCCCUUCCCCUGCGCUGCUACAGCAUUUGAAGUAGUUUCUGUGUCCUUUUAUACAGCACCAGUCUGUCAGCACACCCUGUUGUUACCAGGGGGUUGUAUGUUCCCUGGGCAGCGGUCCUUCUGAAGCGUUUGUUUGGAUGCCAGGGCUGUUCACAGUGAAACCUGAUAAAUGACAGGCAGCAGUGUUUACAGUUCCCUGUAGGUGGGAGCCAUUUACUUUGCUCAUGGGGUCCCGAAGCUGCUGGAAACACCAGAUCUUACCCACCUCUGAUUUUAAUACUCGGUGCUUACAGAUGGAAGCAGUGGCUGGCAGGGCUCACUUUGGCUGUUUUACCCUGCCCCUGGGUGGCUCUGGCUGUAGUGAUGGGCAGUAGAUAUACCUUCAUUAAAUAUAGAAACAGCUGUGCAGAGGGGGACUGCUGUGCAGUGGCUGUCCAUAUCCUUGUUGGACAGCUGGGCUUUGGCCAUGGUUCAAGCCUCUACAACACCGACUGGCUGGGAAAGGGGGGGGUGGGAUGUUGGGGGUCAGCGUCUGUGCUUCCUCACUGUGAACUGCAGCCCGUGGCUGGCGUUCUUGUGGCCAAAAUGUAACAGGAUUUCAUUCCAGUAUGACAAAUGGCAAAACUGUCCUGCUGGCUUCUCGGGAUCCUGGAGCCGAGUGCUGUUUUCUGGGCCUUACCCUGGAAAGGAGCAACGCU